AUGGGUAUGCGCGUGAACGGUGGUAGCAGGAUGUGGGCGACCGUGGGUCUUCUGCUGGUGACAGUGUGCGGUUUUUGUGCGAGUUCCGGUGGAGCUACGCCCCAGUGGGAACAUCUGGUGGACUUUGAUCCCAACUAUCGGCUGCUGUGGAGUGUUGGGAGUCAGGAGGUGACGUUCGAGAUUCAAGCCCGCACACUCGGCUACGUGGGCGUUGGGUUCUCCCGCGAUGGGACGCUGGUCGGUGCAGAUAUCGCCGUCGGCUGGAUCGACCAGGGACAUGUAUAUCUUCAGGAUCGUCACAUCCGACCGGACAGCGACGGUGAACCAAUUGUCGACUCCUCGCAAGACUACACGCUGCUGCUGGGAUACGAGAACACAACCCACACCGUAAUUAGAUUUAAGCGCAAUCUGGAUACCUGUGAUAUGAAGGAUGACUUCCCGAUAACGAACGACACCAUGCGUGUCCUUUUCCUUUACUCUAAGGAGAAACCGGUGCGGGGAUCGAAUGCCGCCCUACCCCAACCACUCGUUGCCUUCAAGGGUUCGCGUUCGAUCUUCCUAAUGCAGCGUUCCAGCCAGGACGAACUGUUGAAUGUACCGAGCGUGAGCAUUCUGGAGCUUCGCAACGAAGACGUCGAGCUGCCGGACAGCGAUGAAAGUCUUUACUGGUGCAAAAUCUUCAAGCUGGACGACUUCGUUCAAAAGCACCAUCUAGUGCGGUACGAGCCAGUGUUCGAUUCCAGCACGAGCGUCCUCUACCUGAACCAUCUCAUCCUGUACGAGUGCCAAGGGUUGUCGCAGGAGCUGGAGCAGCUAUCCCGCGAACGAGGCCAACCCUGCUUCCGGCUGCAACCGAUGCACUGCAACACCGUCGUAGCUAAUUGGGCCCGUGGAUCUGACGGAUUCACCUUCCCACCGGAAGCCGGCUACCCGCUCGAGUCACACCAGGCCACGUACUAUAUGCUCGAGACGCACUACAACUAUCCCGACUACACGUACGAUUUCUCGCCGUUCUAUCGGAAGAAUCUCAGCAAGCAGCAGCGCAACAUGAACAUUAAAUCGCGCGAUGAAACGGCCGAACCACAGCCGGAAGACAGCGAUGCGCGUUCGAACGCCGACGAGGACCUGACAGACGAUAUGGACGAUAGUAUCGCCAUGGAGCAACAGAUGGUGGACAACUCGGGGCUGAAGCUGUAUUACACGCACAAGCUACGCCAGCACGAUGCGGGCGUCCUGUCCGUUGGGCUCGAUCCGAACUGGCGUCACAUCAUUCCACCCCGGCAGGAGAACGUGGUAUCGCAAGGCCACUGUAUCGGGGCCUGCACGCAGCGGGCAUUCCCACGCGAUGGCAUCAACAUCUUCGCCGUCAUGAGCCGAACGCAUCUGAUCGGACGACAGGUGAAACUGCGACAGAUCCGGGGAAACGUGGAGCUUCAGCCGAUAAUGCGUGACACAAACAUCGAUCCAAGCUAUCAGGACUACCGCCGGCUGACCGUUCCGGUGCGCGUACUCCCAGGUGAUAGUCUCGUUGCGGAAUGUAUCUAUGACAGCUCGUCCCGCAAAUCCAUCACUCUCGGUGGCAUGACGACCCGGGAGGAAAUCUGUAUCAUCCUGACACUGUACUACCCUCGUCAGCGGGAGUUGACAUCGUGCCAUUCGCUGCCAAGUCUGCCGACCGUGCUACACUCGCUGGGCAUCGAGGAGCUGGCUUCUGGGACCAACCCGGUCGUGAUAGCUUCCCCGGCCGAACUGGCCGGUAUGACGCUCGAGAGACGGCUCACAUCCUACGACUGGGAGAAUCAGUUCGAGAGCUUCCAGGACGCGACUAGGCAGGGUUCCUUCAAGCCGCUCUGCUGGACACCGACCAAUACGAUGCUGCCGGGCAUCGAAUCGGAAUCGUUCAGCAGCAACAUUACGCGCUCCUGGAAACCGAUGGACAAGUGUCGAAACAUUCACACGAACCUGGUCACCGAGACGGGUCCCAACAUGAUCGACAUGCCGGCGAUGGACGAUCACGAAUCGACCAAUAUGAUCGAUAUCGAUUUGAAGGCGAAAAUGUCCCGCAGCGGGCAACAGACACCGCCGACCACCAACCAUCGUCAGGUGGGUCGCAGCUCCGGUUCAACGCUGCUCGAAUCAUUCCUCGCCCUUACAGUCGCUGCAGUUCUUGGGUAUGCUUUGCAGUAG